AAAAACUUUUUUAAGUCUUCUUGUGAAGUGAUCCGAACCUUGAGCCAUCUUGUGAAGCACUUCCAAGUGCAAGGUUUAGAAGCACUUCUAGGUCUAGGUCUAGGUUUUAGGUACAAUUGUCUCAUUACUUCAACAACAUGGUGGGUUUCAUGGGCUCCAUUGUGUUUUUGUUAGUGGCUUCCAGUACCUUGGUAGAAAGUCGCAUUGCUAGGAAAGACCUGGGCCUAGAUUUGGGAGGUGUCGGGCUUGGUGCUGGAGUUGGCUUAGGUCUAGGGGUAGGCGUAGGCGGCGGCUCAGGAGCAGGAGCGGGAUCAGGGUCAGGUGCAGGGUCCGGGUCUGGAUCUGGAUCUAGUUCAGGAUCUAGCUCAGCUUCUUCCUCAGGCUCCAGUUCCUCAGGAUCUGGUUCUGGCUCUGAAGCAGGAUCAUAUGCUGGUUCAUAUGCUGGGUCCGGGUCUGGCUCUGGUGCUGGGUCUAGGGCUGGGUCCGGAGCUGGGUCUAGUGCAGGUUCCGGUCAUGGCCAAGGUAGUGGACAGGGCUAUGGAUCAGAACGUGGUUCAGGCUAUGGCUCUGGUUCAGGUUCGGGUUCAGGCUAUGGCUAUGGCUCUGGUUCAGGGUCAGGGUCAGGGUUAGGGUCAGGCUAUGGUCAAGGGUUUGGGUCUGGAUUAAGUUCAGGCUAUGGUGAAGGUUCCGGUUCAGGAUCUAGUUCUGGACAUGGGUCAGGUUCAAGUUAUGGAAGUGGGUCCGGCUAUGGACAAGGCUCUGGCUCAGGAUCUGGGUCUGGCUAUGGCCAAGGUUCAGGCUUAGGAUCAAGUUCAGGUUAUGAUUCAGGAUCUGGCUCAGGAAGUGGUUAUGGAAGUGGGUCUGGCUCAGGCUCUGGCUAUGGCCAAGGUUCAGGCUCGGGAUCAGGUUCAGGUUAUGGUUCAGGAAGUGGUUAUGGAAGUGGGUCUGGCUCAGGCUCUAGCUAUGGCCAAGGUUCAGGCUCAGGAUCAGGUUCAGGUUAUGGUUCAGGAUCUGGCUCAGGAAGUGGUUAUGGAAAUGGGUCUGGCUCAGGAUAUGGCUCUGGUUAUGGCUAUGGUUCAGGAUCAGGGUCUGGCGCAGGUGGCCACGGAAAGUGAAAGAAAUGGUAGUUGCUAUUGAAUCUUAUGCCAUGGCAUGUACAUAUUAAUAGU